UAAAGGAAACUAGCUGAGUCGUUUUCUGAGAAGAGACCAUAUUUGUUCGCAGAGGAAGCCGUUGCUUUUUGGGAUCUAGCUAGAGUAGAAAAGACAUCUGCUCCGGCAGGGGUGUUUCUACUCACUAGGAAUUGGAAAAGCCAAGCACACCUCCCAAGGCUGAAUUUGGGGUUCUUCUCUGUUCAUGGGUGCAGUGCCUGUGCCCAGCCUGUGAGCUUCCUCCCAGGACAGCAGCCAUGGCACUGAAGAAUGUGCCCUUUCGCUCAGAGGUCUUGGCCUGGGAUCCUGACAGCCUUGCUGACUAUUUCAAGAAGCUGAACUACAGGGACUGUGAGAAGGCCGUGAGGAAAUACCACAUUGACGGGGCUCGAUUUCUGAACCUAACCGAAAAUGACAUUCAGAAGUUCCCGAAGCUCCGGGUUCCGAUUCUCAGUAAGUUAAGUCAAGAAAUCAACAAGAAUGAAGAAAGGAGAAGUAUUUUCGCACGCAAACCCCAGGUCCAGCGGUUUCCUGAAGAGACAGAAAACCAUGAAGAGGACAACGGGGGCUGGUCAUCCUUUGAAGAAGAUGACUACGAAAGCCCCAAUGAUGAGCCGGAAGAGGAGGAUGAUGGCGACUAUGAGUCCCCCAAUGAGGAGGAAGAAGUGCCUGUGGAAGAUGAUGCUGAUUAUGAGCCGCCACCCUCCAAUGAUGAGGAAGCUCUGCAGAACUCCAUCCUGCCUGCCAAGCCUUUCCCCAACACCAACUCCAUGUACAUUGACCGGCCUCCUGCCGGAAAACACCCCCAGCAGCCUCCUGUGCCACCCCAGAGACCAAUGGCUGCCCUUCCUCCACUGCCUACUGGCCGGAAUCACUCUCCACUGCCCCCGCCCCAGCCCAAUCAAGAAGAGGCGAGCAGAAGUCGAAAUAACAAACCAGCAAAGCUGCCUCCUCCAUCUAUAGACAGAAGCACAAAACCUCCCCUAGAUCGUUCUUUAGCUCCACUGGACAGGGAGCCCUUCAUAACAGGAAAGAAACCAACUUUUUCUGACAAGCCCUUGGCUCCAGUGGCGAGGAUUCCCGGGGACCAUUUACCCAAGACACAAAAGCCUCCUUUACCGCCAGCCACGGAGAGACAUGAAAGAAGCAGCCCCUUGUCAGCGAAGAAGCCACCUGUACCAAAGCACGGAUGGGGAGUAGACAGAAGAGAUAAUGAUGAAGACGAUGUGCAUCAAAGACCUUUGCCCCAGCCUGCGCUAGUUCCUAUGAGCUCCAAUACUUUUCCUUCAAGAUAUACUAAGCCAAACUCCAAGCACUCGUUCCCACCAUCACACAUGCCCGGGGCUUUCUCAGAAAGUAACAAUAAUUUUCCACAGAGCGCCUCCCUGCCGCCACACUUCUCUCAAGGCCCUAACAACAGACCACCCCUCAGACCUGAAGGCAGAAACUUUCCUUUGCCUGUUCCAAACAAACCUCAGCCAGCAUCCCUGGGGGAAGAGGAGAAUUCACUAAAUGAAGAGUGGUAUAUUUCUUAUAUUACUAGACCAGAGGCAGAAGCUGCUCUCCGAAGGAUAAACCAGGAUGGCACUUUUCUGGUUAGAGACAGUUCCAGAAAAACAACAGCCAAUCCAUACGUCCUCAUGGUAUUGUACAAAGACAAAGUUUACAACAUCCAGAUCCGUUAUCAGGAAGAAAGCCAAGUUUACUUGUUGGGAACCGGACUCCGAGGGAAAGAGGACUUUUUGUCUGUGUCAGAUAUUAUUGAAUAUUUUAGGAAGAUGCCACUUCUGCUCAUUGAUGGGAAAAAUCGAGGCUGUAGAUACCAGUGCACCUUAACACAUGCUGCAGGGUAUCCAUAGCAAGCCAGCCACACGUGUGCAAAUUCCUCUCGCCUCCUUGGCAACAUGGGACGAUCAAGCAACCUCGGCGAAUGGACUGAAACACACCCAGCAACAUGAGCACAGGGUUUGGUCCUUCCUUUCAUAAACAGUGUUUGAAAUGAAGACUGUCAAAUAUCCUAUAAUUUAUUUAUUCUUUAACAAUUGUAAACCGCAAGAGUAAUAAUGUUCACAUCUGCAGUCUAGUAAUGAACUGAAGUACUUCAUCUAAGAAAGCAGACAUAUAUUUUUGAAUACCCAUUUCAAAGUGAAGUAGUUUAAGUCCCUACAAAAGGAGAUUGGGGCAGAUUUAAAAACACUUAGAUGAUAAUAGGUUUUGAUAUCAUAUAAAACUGAUUAUUUUAGUCAAUCUUUGUCACAGGCAAUUAUCAAUUUUUAUAUACUUUUAAAAUUACUAUAAUUCAUUUCCUCAGCAACAACAAUUUAAGGUACUUCAAAAACAUAAUUCCAUUCUUUCUUGUUUGGUAAUUUUUUCUGGGAGAAUUUUUUGUGUACUUUUUUAAAAAUGACAAAAUAAAUGCAUGUUAAAAUAGCUUCCUGGUAUUAAAAGUAUCUCACUUUUGGGUCCUUAAAAUUUUUUUACUGUUUAGUUAACACUGUUAUGUAUUUGUCUUAAAGAAAAUUUAAAAUACAAAUACCAAAAGAAAACAUUUUAAAUUUAGAGAUAAGUCUUUGGUAUCAAGUCUUUGGUACUUCAUCACAUCCCACUCCGCACACCUGCACUAUGUACUCUCCAUCCCCACCCAACUCCAACUCCAGUGAUGUAGAUUUUACUGAAAACUUCCUGGGAAGAUAAGGAGCAAUGUGUACACAUAGACAAAUUUACUCACACUUCAGUAUUUCAUACAGCUUAUAUUAGUCAGAUUUUCACUACUAUGACAAAAUACCUGAGACAUUCAAAAGGAGGAAAGGUUUAAUUUGGCUCAGGGUUCCAGGGUUUUCAGUCUGCCGCUGUGGGUCUGUGAGGGAAUAGGAAGGAGGAUGUGGAGGCCUAUUCACCUCAUGGUAACUGGGAAGUAGAGACAGAUAAGAGGAGGCUAGGGUCUCCAUAUCCCAUGUUCCAAAUUAUCUAACUUUCUUCUACUAGGCCCCAUUUCCUGAAGACUCCACCACUUCCCAGCACCUCCAUGGGUUAGAGAUCAAGCUUUCAGCAUAUAGGACCUUGGGGGACACCUUUACAAGCCAUAGCACUGCUUUUCUUUUGAAUCUUUGUGACAAGAACAUCACAAAGCCCCUCUCUUCAUCCUUCCCAAAUUGACUGAGUGACUCUUUUAAAACAGUUGAACUAAUUCUUUCAGUUUAUAAAUUUCUGGAAAAGUACAGUCUCAGCUUAUGAUUCAACUUAUUAUUUCAAAUUUAAAAUGCUAUAAAAGCCAUAUGUAUUAAGUAGAGACUAUAUUUUGAAUUUUUAUCUUUUCUUGAGAAAGCAGUAUAUAGUGUGAUACUCUUAUGAUGCUGGAUGGCAAGCACAUUGGAACUCCCAGUCAGCCAUGUGAUCAGAAGGGGAAACAACCAAUAUUCUGCAGUGUUAGAUAUAACUAGCAUUUUUUGGAUAUAGACAUUUAGUAAAGUACAUGAGACAUUCAACACUCUAUUAUAGUUUGUGUUAGAUGAUUUACUCUACUGUAGAUUAAGGUUACGGGUUCUGAGUAUGUUUAAGGUAGGCAGUGCUAACCUGUGAUGUCUAGUGAGUUUAGUGUGGUAAGUGUAUUUUUGAUUUGUAAUGGUUUUAUCAAGAUAUCAUAAGUCAAAGAGCAUGUGAAGUAGAUAUUUGGCAUGGAAAACCUUGGUAUUUAGCAAAACAGAGACAUAUUUCAAGUUUUUCUUGGGACUUGGCUAUUAUUACAUAAAUUAUAUAAGCAGAAAUUUUUGUUUUUUUGCUUAAUCUACAAGUUUUCUGAGUUAGACAGUUUUGUACUUUUAUUUUCAUGAACUAAUAAAAAAACAUUAGAAGGGACUUUAGAAGUCACCAGAUUAAAACUGAUGAUAUAGUAAGAUAAGUGUGUGGAAUGUGGAAGUUUUUAACCAAUGAUGUUGUUAGCAUUACUCUUAUAAACCUUAUUCUUAUAAAUCAAAAGUUCCCAAUUUAGAAUCUAGAAUUUGGAAGUCAGAAUUGAAAAACAGUAUUCAUUUACAUGUUUACUUAACAGGAUACUCAAUGGGAAAUACUUAGGUGCUAAGAGUUGGUUCUGUGAUGGAGUAAGAUCAACUUGGGUCUUGUUUCAGGGCAUACUAUCUACUCUGUUCAAAAAUAUCUAAUAUGAACCUCACGAUAAAUGCCAAAGCAUCUGUUUGGCAGUGAAUCAUGUUUACUAGAUAAGCCAAAGCUUAUUUUAAAGUUUCUUGGUGCAAAGGGGCAGAAAUUAAAGUUUUAGGAUAAAUAUGUUCUUUUGGCCUAAGGUCUUAUGACGUUAGCUGCAGCAGUGAUCACUGCUCAGGCUACUGUUGAGUGACCCACUUUACAUCUGAGCUACUCAGAGUCUCUCUCCCCAGUGUUACACGUGAACAGUGAGAGGAAUGAUCUCUCUUUUUUUGGGGGAGGGCUCCCAAAACUAAUGCUGUACCAUCUGAAAUUGUCUACUGUGUUUGUAACUUCUUCUACACACCAUGUGGAAGAAACUAGUCUAUACCAGGAACCAAUGAGAUCAACACAGAGAAAAACAAUGAAUAGAAAUAGGAGAUGAAUGCAUUUAUGGAGUCUUUGAGAUCUAUUCCAAUUAUGGACUUACAAGUCACAUGAUGCAGUAAAUAUAUCAGCUGGUAUGUUCAGCACUAAUAGAAGAGUUCUGAUCACUAUAAACUCAAAUGGCCUACUAAUAAUUUAGUAACUCUUCUAAUUUAGGGCAAAUUCAAGCAUAAAGAUAAAUAAUGCUUCAUGACCAAAUUUCCAUGUCAUACUCUUGCCUUUGGUAAAACAAACCAACCACCCUUCAAACAUUAAAACAACAAUGAAAGAACCUUCAAGAAAAUGAAAUAUUUAUUUGCAACUCUACAUUAUUUUUAUUGUUUUUGAUUACAUUUUAUAUUUGUUCCCAGAUAUUUGCUAAUUCUACAAUCAAAAACACCAGAAAUUCAUAACUAAAAAAGAAAUCAGACAGUAGAACUGUUAGAAGCAAGGAAUGGGUCUGAUAUUUCAUACUUUUCAGCUGGGGAAUUGUUUCUUUCUGUUUCCUUUAACUCCUCUAUCUUCACAGGAUGAGUAAACUGUAGAGUAAGGUCACAAAGCAGUAACUGGGAAUGCUCUGAGUAAAACAAAACAACAGUAGAUAUAUUGCAGUACACAUAUCAUAAACAACUUAUUGCUUUUAAGAAAUUCCUAAUUUAGUUUUUGUAAAUGAUUUCUGGUCAAAUCAUAACUUAUGUGUGUCCAAUUGACCUAAAAUCAAAUUUAUGUACUAUAAAACAUUCGUGAUGUAAAAAUUAACCAGAAAGGAUUUUUAAUCCAGCUAGUCAGCUAUCUUCUUACACUGCAACUUGAUUUAUGCAAAUUUCUUUACCAUGUUAUACUUGUUUUUAUCUAAGUUAAACAUGUACAGAAUGUAAAGAUUCAGGUCUAAAAGGCAUGUUACAAAAAUAAAAGUUGCUAUCGUCCAGAGGCAACCAUUUUCAAUCUUUUAUAA